AUGGGCUGGACAUGUCGUGAUGACUGCAGGUAUCAGUGCAUGUGGACCACCGUGGGUCUGUACCAGGCAGAGGGCUACAGCGUACCACAGUUUCACGGGAAGUGGCCUUUUGCUCGUUUCCUGUGUUUUGAGGAGCCUGCAUCUGCGCUGGCAUCUCUGCUCAACGGUCUGGCAUGUCUGCUGAUGCUGCUGAGAUACCGCAGCGCCGUCCCUCGACAAAGCCCCAUGUACCACACCAUCACCGCCUUCUCACUGGUUUCCCUGAAUGCAUGGUUCUGGUCUACAGUGUUCCACACGAGAGACACCUAUCUAACAGAGAAGAUGGACUACUUCUGUGCAUCAGCUGUCAUUCUUUACUCUAUCUACUUGUGCUGUGUAAGGACGUUGGGCUUGCGUAGGCCUGCAAUUUCCAGUAUGGUGGGAGUUCUGCUCAUUCUGGCCUUCACAUCUCAUGUGUCUUAUCUGACCUUUGUCAGUUUUGACUACGGGUACAACAUGGCUGCCAAUGCCACCAUAGGCUAUGAAUGGAUUGUAUUUACUUAA